AUGGGCUUUACAGCCAUUUGGAUCACUCCAGUAACAAAACAGCUCCCGCAAAACACCGGCGAUGGUAUGUCCUAUCAUGGGUACUGGCAGCAAGAUAUGUACGGAUACAAUGUCAAUCCAAACCAUGGCACGUCUGAUGAUCUCUUGGCACUCUCAGAGGCACUGCACGAGCGAGGCAUGUAUCUCAUGGUUGACGUUGUGGCAAACCAUAUGGGAUACGCUGGAGCUGGAAACACUGUGGAUUACAGUGUCUUCACUCCCUUCAGUUCUUCGUCUUACUUCCAUCCUUACUGCUUGAUCAGUAACUAUAACAAUCAAUCCGACGUCGAGAAUUGUUGGCUUGGCGAUACCACUGUAUCGCUCCCCGAUCUCGACACACUCCAGAGCUCAGUGCAGACACUCUUGAACAAUUGGAUUGGGGAUUUAGUGUCAGUUUACUCCAUUGAUGGAUUACGCGUCGAUACCGUGAAGCAUAUCCAGAAGUCUUUCUGGCCUGGAUUCAAUGCUGCUGCAGGCAUCUAUGCUGUCGGAGAGGUCUUCGAUGGAGAUCCAGCUUACACCUGCGACUACCAGAAGUACAUUGACGGUAUCUUGAACUAUCCCAUCUACACUAGCGACUACUCACAGGCCAAGAAUGUAAUCUCGUUCAUCUUUUUUUCAGACGGCAUUCCCAUUGUAUACUCCGGCCAGGAACAACACUAUAGUGGUGCAAAUGACCCAGAAAACCGCGAAGCUAUCUGGCUGUCGGGAUACUCCACUACCGCAGAGUUAUAUCAAUAUAUCGCAAUCACGAAUGACAUCCGCAAAGCGGCGGUUGCAGCAGACCCCAGCUAUCUUACGACCAAGAAUGUGCCCUUCUAUCAAGACAACCAUACACUCGCCAUGAAGAAGGGAUCGGACAGCUCGCCAGUCAUAACGAUUCUUUCCAAUGCCGGGUCAUCCGGACCCUCCUACACAUUGUCUUUAAGUGGCAGCGGGUAUUCAUCAGGUGCGAAGCUGAUAGAGUUGUACACCUGCACGUUUAUAACGGUGGAUUCCAGCGGUAAAAUCGCCGUGUCAAUGGCAUGCGGACUACCACGGGUUCUUAUUUUUGCAUCCUCCAUGAGCAAUAACGGGCUAUGCGGCGUAUCCAUCCCCAGUGCUACAGCUACCACCACAACUCAGACCAUUGCUACGACGACAACCACUACGGGGGCGAGGUGCAUCCAAGCCACUGCCCUGCCGGUUCUAUUCAAAGAGGUUGUGACUACUUCUUAUGGCCAGGAGAUCUACAUCUCCGGGUCAAUCCGCCCACUUGGCACCUGGGACACGAGCAAAGCCAUCGCACUGUCUGCAAGCAGCUACACUUCUUUCAAUCCCUUGUGGGAAGCGACUAUCAUCCUGCCCGUCGGAACAACAUUCCAGUAUAAAUUCCUUAAGAAGACGAUCAGAUCUUCAACUGUGAUGUGGGAAAGCGAUCCCAACCGGUCGUAUACGGUGCCAACUGGGUGUUCUGGAACUACGGCCACUGUGACAGCGAGCUGGAAAUAA